CUGUAUGCUCUUAAGCACUCACGGAUCGUUCGUCGCAUUUGGCUCGCAGAUCUGUCCCGGCCCGCAGCUCUUUCACGACAAGCACAAAGUGGAAUUGCGGAAUUCAGUUGUCUGAAUCGGUCUUGGCAGUGAAUGUGCGGUGAGGUCUAAAAUCUAAACAUAGAUUUACAAAAAUAAGUGCAAUAAUUGCAGGGGUAAUUCAAUCAUAGAGCGCAUUAAACGGAAAUCACAGCAAAUGAGGCAAUCCUAAAAUGAUUCCACAAGUCAUCCAAAAAUAGGACAAGCGAUGGCUGAUAAACGCCCGCUACUUGAAUACACUGAUGAUGAGGCAAAGGAUUGCGCCACGGAGUCAACCUUGACAGGAGUGAGCUACAAACCCGGUGCUUCACCCACUCUCAUCUGGUACUGCCGCCAGAUAGUUUUACGGCGUAAACUGCUCGUCGGCCUGCUGGUGAUCUUUGUGUUCUCCUACUUCCUUAUCGGACCGGCCGAUGUGCUCGAUCUGGAAAAUGUGCAGGUCCAUCAUCAGUCGUAUGCAUUGGACAUGGAAGGUUAUCUCGUCUACAGCAACCACUGUCGGAUUGUCGAUCUCGAUCCGUACAAACGUGACGUAAUGCGUCAUUUCAAGCGCGUCUCCUACAAACCCUGCCGCUCACAUCCCCCACUCACCCAUGUGCACUACAACGACACCAUUCAGCGCUACGUGCUGAGCAUCAAUCAGGCAUCCUUAAAAUCCUACAAGGUGGGCAACGAUCUCAGUUGCUGCUACCAGGGUGUGGUGCGGGCAAGUGAAACGGAUGUCAACUAUACUUCAUGCCAUGCAUUCAAAAACGAAGCAAAGCUUGCAAAUACCACGGACAGCGUCGUUGUCAAGUGUAAAACGAAUGAUGACCAAAUCUACAUCAAUGCACAUCCUACCGUACCAGAGCGAAAAGCAAUCCGACAGAGACUUGACCAGUGGGCUAAGAAGGAUCGACGGAAGCUUGUGCCUAGCGUGCUGAUGAUUGGCAUUGACAGCAUCUCCCGGGUGAAUCUCAUACGUGCAAUGCCCAAGACAGCACAGUAUCUCUACGACAACGAUUGGUUUGAACUGGCGGGCUAUAACAAGAUAGAUGACAAUACAUUUCCCAACAUAAUGGCCCUAAUGGUGGGCUACAAUCUGAGUAAUGCCAUGAAGCACUGUAGUCCCUACAAGGUGAAUGGCCUUGAUAAGUGUGACUUCAUUUGGAAACUAUUUAAAGAACAUGGCUAUGUGACUGCUUAUGGAGAGGAUGCAGUAAAGAUCAACACCUUCAACUACCUAAAGAAGGGCUUUCAGCAACCACCAGUCGAUUACUAUUUGCGUCCAUAUCUCUCUGCAGCAGAGAAAUUACUUGGGGGCAACAUAGUGCUCGGACUGCCCCACUGUGUCGGCUUUGAGACGGAAGCGGAGCACGUUUAUAACUAUGCUCUAGAGUUUGCAAAACGUUAUCGCAACGAUAGCUUCUUUGGCUUCUUCUGGACGAACACACACAGCCACAGCGACAUUUCGCAGACCAGCUCCAUGGACGACUAUCUGAGAGGGUAUCUGCAGCGUCUGGUGUCCCAGGGCACCAUGGAGCACAGCAUCGUGGUCUUCUUCAGCGAUCAUGGACUUCGCUUUGGCCCCACCCGAGCCACUUGGUCUGGUCACCUCGAAGAGCGUCUGCCCUUUCUCUUCAUCUGGCUGCCUCCAUUUGUGCGCAAGGCACAUCCCGAGUUCGUUCAAGCUCUGCGGCAGAAUCGCAAUCGUCUGACUACUCCCUAUGAUCUUCACAUUACACUAAAGCACAUUCUUAGCCUCUCGGGUCGCAUUGGCAGCCUGGAGUCGUUGGGCGGCGCCAAAGACUGCCCCAAAUGCCAGAGUCUGCUUCAGCCGGUGACGUUAAGUCGCAGUUGCGAGGAUGUCGCCAUUGCGGAUCACUGGUGCACUUGCUGGGCCUAUGGCAGCGUCUACAAAAACUCCAAGGUGGUGCGUCAGCUGGCAAAGCGGGUAGUAAAUUAUCUGAAUGAUUAUGUGACCACCUUCCGUAAUGGCAGUUUGGCGCAUCUUUGCGUGCCACUUGCGCUGCAGAGCGUUAGUACUGCUUAUAAGGCGCAACCCAAUGAUAACGAUCCCAGCCACAUAGAGAUCUAUCGACUGAUCUUCAGUACGUCCCCCAAUAAGGCGCUGUAUGAGGCAACAGUGCGUUAUAAUAAAAACCUACCCGAUGAGGAUAAUCUACUGGUUACCGGCUCUGUGAGUCGUCUGAAUACUUAUAAUGGAGAGGCUGAUUGCAUGAAUGACUUUGCCAUUAAGAAAUAUUGCUAUUGUCGUCAUAAAGGCGGUUAGAUAGAUUGAAUUGAACGUUAUUACUCACUUAUGUUUAAGCCCCAAAGUGCCGUUAUUUGUAGUUGUGUAGGGCUAACAGUAGAAAACGAAUUUUAAUGAAUAUAGUGCCGGGUGGGCGUUAACACCAGACUCGGAUACAUUUCCAGAGUAGCAACGUGAUAAUAUUUACAUAUACAUAUAAUGUACAUAAGCUAGAUACAUAUUUGCUCACUCCUUAGACUCUCUUUAAAUACAUACUAAAUAUAUACUCUGUAUUUAAUUCCAUAUAUUUAUCUCCCAAUUAAGCGUUUGCCAAGAUUUCAAUUAACUGCAUAUUCAAAACUAAGUUUGUCGUAUGAAAUACGAAACUAAUACUUAAAAAAUAUUAUCGUAUUAUGUAAUAAUUGGAUUGUUAUAAAAAAUGAGCUAAUUCGUAGGAAAUCCCUGACUCGUAAAUAAAUAUUUAAAAA